AGUAAUGAUAGUACUUAAAGCCCAAGUGUCAUCCAUAUAAACAUUCUAAAAUAGAUAUUGCAACGAAAAAUACAUAUAACAUUAUUCACUUCAAUGUCUAUACGAAAAAAUAAAUGUGAGCGGAGAGCUCGUCAUCCAUGCGCAAAGUUGCAGAAGUGUCAUUCUACGAUAUCCAAAUGGUCGCCAUAUUGGGUGCAUCCUCUGUCCGUGACGUCACCCGGACAUUCGCCAAUGAAAACACGUGGUGCACCCUAACUAUAGGAGACAAACGCGGCCCUUCUGACACGGAACCUCUUUUCGAAAAGGAGAACGCCACACAACCGAGUGAAGUUACCAGGGCAAUAUUACACUUGUUUCGAGCCCUCUGGGCCAUAUUACACUAUUGUUCGAGCCAUAUUCAGAUGAUAUGCGAUCACGCCCAAACCGCAUCCCCGUCUGAUCCAUUUCCGCGGCGGAAAUGAGCCAUCGCGGAUGAGCCUGCCGGUGUGGUUUAUGACAGAGCCGAGCUGUCCUGCUUUAGGGUGGUGUUCACAGACACCACAGUACUGAGCAACACAGUCGAGCCGGGGCGCUUAAUGUGCGCACACUGCUGAAUGAGGCAUUCUCGGCUGGGUUCUUCAGAGCCGCCCCCGUUCCCAAAGCCCAACAUGCAGCCUUCGUAGAAGCAGUGACCGCCGAACGUGGCGCCUCAGCUGAUUUUCGAUGUGGUGGCAUAUAAUGGAGCCAAGCCGUGCUGCUUUUAGGGGUGUCUUGAAAAUGAUCAUCCCAGUGCGGUGCUUCACAUGUGGAAAGAUUGUGGGUAACAAGUGGGAAAUGUACCUUGGCCUCCUCCAGGCAGAGUACACUGAGGGUGAUGCACUUGACGCCCUGGGCCUGAAGCGAUAUUGCUGUCGAAGGAUGCUCCUGUCUCAUGUGGAUCUUAUUGAAAAGUUGUUGAAUUAUGCCCCGCUAGAAAAGUAAUCAAAAGUGUCCUCCUUGAACAAGAUUGUGGACUUUGGGUUCCUUUGGUUUAUUUUGAUGUAAAAGAACAAUUGUGCUGCAUUGACAUUACUUUUGAAUUUUAAAAUAAAGCUAUUAAAUGUCA